CACCUGAGGCAGAUUUCAACUAUACACAAUAUUCAGGCAGCAGCUAUGUAACCCAAAGCCCAGAAAUGUAUGUUCGUGGUGGAGGCGGUGGUGGUCAUCCCACUCCUGAAGAUGAACAUCUAGCAUCCGUUCACUCAUUGAGAAGCCAAGAACUUGAUGUUCAGCAUCUGGUUACCUGCACAUUUUCGGUUUCGUUGGCUGUUCCACUUUUUCUUCCAACAAAUAAACCUGGGCAGACCUCUAAAGCAGACAUACAGAGAUCUGGAUCUAAAGCAAAAGAAGGAUAUAUUCCAAAAAUGCAUCGUUUUUAUCAUAUGGAGUAUUUUCUUCUACCAGAUGAUAUUGAACCUCGAAAAUUAGAUUUGGUAUUGUUUGGUCCAGUGGCUAAAUUAUUUCUGGAUACAGAAUCUAAGCCAGGAACUCCAAAAGACGAUGACAGAAGCAAAUUUAAAAAGCCAUCCACGCUGAAUAUUUCAGUAGUGAAACCCUGGCUUGAAAAUGACCAGAUAUGGAUUUCAUGGAACCACAGCAUUGAAAUUAAUGUUACCAAUGAGUUUCUAAUAAAGCUAAGAGAACACAGCAUAAAAUUAAGGUUAUGGGAUCUCAAGGAAAAGGUUUGUUCAAAAGCCAGGUUUUGUAAACUAAGGAGUAACCUACUAUUAUCAGAUCACGGAGAAUUUGAUGGUAAUGUCAAGAAUAUGGUUUUGUAUCAGAGAGAAUUCUUAGAAAGGAAAGAAGCCAAACCCAGUGUCACAAAGGUUAAACCAGUAACGUACUUGGUGCAAAAACAGACAGCAGACGCUUUGUCAGUCUCAGGGCAAAAGCAGGUGCCAGGCUCCAGGGAGACUCCCAACCUGGUGCUCCCAUAUUCCAAAGUUUUAUUUCUAUCCCGCAGUUCUUCUACUACCCAAGAUCCAGAUGAUGCCAAUACCUUAACCAGAGAGAAAAUGGAGAUCUAG